ACCCAGAGGUCAAAGUUUGGACUUCGCGCUGCAGCUGUUGUUGUGCGAUGCAUCUUCAUGCAUGGGUGGCUCGAUAUUGUUUCAUACCCUUCACAUCAUCACACCACACACGCACAGGUCACACACACCCAGCAGCCAGCAUACUGAGCAGCAGCGACAGACAGGGAGGCAAGCGGGGUUUUGUCGCAUUUUCAAUCACGACCAACUAACGAAUGUGGGCAUUGUUAUUGUUUAUGUAGCUUAUGUAUGGAGUCUCCUCAAGUGAAGUUCACACAGUUGUUUAUCAACAAUGAGUUUGUAAACUCUGUGAGUGGGAAGACAUUCCCCACCAUCAACCCAACGACGGGAGAGAAAAUCUGCGACAUCCAAGAAGGGGAUAAGGCCGAUGUUGACUUGGCAGUAAAGGCGGCCAGGGCUGCCGUUAAACGAGGUUCACCAUGGCGAAGAAUGGACGCAUGCGACCGAGGAUUACUGAUGUUUAAACUGGCUGAUCUCAUUCAGAGAGAUGCAGAUUACAUUGCUUCUCUUGACACUGUGGACAAUGGGGCAUUGUUCUCCACCAUGAAGGGCUGUGCACUGAAUGUUGUGGAAGUUCUUCGCUACUUUGGAGGUUGGGCUGACAAGAUACACGGCAAGACCAUUCCAAUAAAGGGUGACUUCUUUUGCUACACCCGCCAUGAGCCAGUUGGCGUUUGUGGAGCAAUCAUCCCAUGGAACUUCCCGAAUGAGAUGAUGGGUUGGAAGCUGGGCCCCGCACUAUGCUGUGGGAACACCCUGGUGAUCAAACCGGCUGAGCAGACGCCACUCAGCGCUAUCUACAUGUGCUCACUCAUCAAAGAGGCCGGUUUCCCCCCUGGCGUUGUGAACUUGAUACCUGGCUUUGGACCAACAGCGGGUGCUGCCAUUUCAGAGCACAUGGAUGUGGACCAUGUCGCCUUCACAGGCUCAACUGAGAUUGGAAGGCUUAUCCAACAGGCAUCUGGGAAAAGUAACCUGAAACGUGUGAGCUUGGAGAUGGGUGGCAAGAGUCCUAACAUCAUCUUUGCUGAUGCUGAUUUGGAUGCUGCUGUAGAGGAGAGCCACGAGGCAAUCUUCUUUAACAUGGGGGAGUGCUGUUCAGCCGGGUCUCGUACCUUUGUACAGGAGGAAAUCUACGAUGAGUUCGUGAAGAGGAGCGUAGAGCGAGCAAAGAGGCGCGUCGUUGGUAACCCGUUCGAUUCCAAGACAGAGUCCGGGCCACAGAUUGACAAGGCCCAACUGGAUAAGAUUCUGGGGUAUGUUGAGAUCGGCAAGAAGGAAGGCGCCAAACUAGAGUGUGGUGGAAAAGCCCUCGGUUGUAACGGUUAUUUCAUGGAGUCCACUGUCUUCUCUAAUGUCACCAAUGAAAUGAGAGUUGCUCAAGAAGAGAUCUUCGGUCCAGUACAGCUUCUCAUUAAGUUCAAGAGUCAGGAGGAAGUUUUGGAAAAGGCCAACAAUGUCCAGUAUGGUCUAGCAGGGGGUGUGUUCACCAAGGACCUUGACAGAGCUCUGACUGUAGCCAAUAGCCUGGACGCAGGAAGUAUUAUGGUCAAUAAUUACUCUGGAGGAGGUGCCAAUGUUCCUUUUGGAGGCUACAAGAUGUCAGGCAUUGGCAGAGAUCUGGGUGAAGACGCAUUGGUUAGUUACUACGAAGUGAAGACGGUCGUUGUGAAAGUGCCAGUGAAGAAUUCCUAAACCAAACAAAGGAUCAGCUUCAAGAUUAGAUUUUCAUGGCCAGUUCUUUUUAGGUGUUAAAGAAUACUAACUUCGACCCUAAUCAAAGAAAUCCUGCUCAUUUGUCUAUACAUGUAUCUAGUGCUUGUGAUACCGUUUCCAAAAGCUCCUUGGAAUCUACAACCCCAGGGGUUACCAAACUGGGGACAUGGCAUCAGUUCAACAAACCUUUGAAUUUGUUUCCAAGUUUCAGACUUUUUCGUUAGUGAUGACUCUCCCCCCCUGUUCUUUAGAUAAGAACCUGAAAUCAGGGGGAAAAAACUGGAAAAAAAUUACAUACCUACUAGUAAUACAUUUCUCUAUUAAUUAUUAAGUAGGAAUCAGCUGUCGUUUUGCGGUAGCACCAUGUGUAAAACUCGUUUGAGUAGUGGUGGUUCAGAGAAGAACCGGUGUGUUGACAACUCUAUUAUUUGUAUUUUAUUGUUAUCAUUUAAAGGGAAGGUACACGUUUGGUAAUUACUCAAAACAAAUUAACUUAAAA